CAAAGCAGCAAAGAAGAAUCUGUUUAGAGAGCGGACCAGACAGAUUUUGGCUAGCCAUCUUCUGUGUGAAACACUGGAUAUUAAGUAUUCACCAAUAUUUUUUACGUUUCUUGCGCCGGUUGCCGGAAUUGAAUCAAAUCUAAUCUAAAGUGCGAAUAUAGGGUUUGUAAUUGUCCUUGAAAAGGUCCCAGAAAUGGCAGAAAGUACAGGCUGGGAAGUAUGAUCAAUCUCUCAAACACCUUGAAGCCCUGCAGGAGCUCAACAAAGAGGACUACAAGAUCGCCAUGAAUAAAGCUGUCGUAGAGUUUUACAAAAGUGGUCAGACUACCACAGGAACUCUGAAGCAGACUCUCAUGGCAAUGAAGAACCAGGUUCACACAUCAGAGGACGUUGAUGGGUUGGAUGAUGUUGAAAAUAGCUUGCUGUACUACAAUCAAGCCAUCAUUCACUAUCACAUGCGACAGUUUUCUGACGCCAUCUCCAUAGGAGAGAGGCUCUACCAGUUCCUGGAACCAUUUGAAGAGAAGUUUGCUCAGGCUGUGUGCUUGCUGCUGGUGGAUCUGUACCUGCUCACCUUCCAACCAGAGAAGGCCCUCCACCUGCUGGCUGUGCUGGACAAAAUGUCGGUGCAAGGAAGCAACAAGAACGGCAAAGGAGAGAACAACAGUUCAAACAAAGAUGGAGCCAACCAGAAAGCAGAGUUCACAGCCAUGAUCGAGGCAGCCAAAUCAAAGAUGCAUCAGUACAAAGUGAGAGCCUACAUUCAGAUGAAAUCCUCCAAGGCCUGUAAAAGGGAGAUCAAAUCAGUGAUGAACACAGCAGGGAACCAGGGAAGCAGACUCCCAUGUGUUACCCCAGCAGUGUGACAUCAGCUCGGGCCAUGAUGCUCUUCAACCUUGGCAGUGCCUACUGCUUAAGGAGCGAGUACGACAAGGCCCGCAAGUGCCUGCAUCAGGCUGCAUCUAUGGUGAACACCAAGGAGAUUCCACCUGAGGCCAUCCUACUGGGAGUCUACUUAGAGCUACAGAACGGAAAUACCCAGCUGGCCUUGCAGAUCAUCAAACGGAACCAGCUUCUGCCCACGGUGGUCCAAAGGGUCUCCCCAGACUCCCGCAAGAAACCCGUCCAGCAGCCCUUUCAGUCUGUCCAGCCAAUCCAGCUGCCCUCACCCUUCACACAAGUUCAGCGCAAAUGAGCAUCCACAGCCACCUCUGACCCCAACCCCCCCCACACCAGAGGACAAACUCCACACACACUCAUACACACACAGCCCUGAGGAUAUUUAUAAAGCUGCUUCCUGUCAGCAUCAGGAGCCGUAUGAAAUGCAGGUCUGACUGAUGAGAGAGCGGUGAAUUUUUAUUUCCAUUUGACUGAGGGAUCUGUGUUGUCUCAACUAUGAAAAUAAAUUUUAUUUACUGUA